CAUACGGUUUUAAAAAGCGAAGCAACUCUUCAUACUCAUGGCGAAGCACGCAACAAGCCGAACCCUCAAUCCCAGUGGGGACUACUCCGUUGGGGGUUACUUCGCAAGGACGCCGCAUGUGCAGUUCCUCAGUCUUCCUUCUCCUCCAUAUGAAGAUUUAUCCCAUACGGUGCUAGCGAAGCAAGUCUUCCGAGUUCAUACUGCAUCUCGAACGAAGAUUUAUCUGCUGUUGCCUGAUCUACGACCCCCUCAAUCUGUCGAAGCAAAUGCUGCACAGAGGGAGAAGUUGCCUGACCGGGCUAUUCCCUUGUUAUCUGUUAUCCAACUGGGUGUGCUAAGGAAUAAAAUGCCCUUGACGGAAAGGGCUAACCAGCUAGCUUCAAUCGACUCACUCUCCUCAAAGAGGCUUAGCCAUACUCUCCCCUUCUUCCUGACUGACUUCUUGAAAAGGAUGGAGCAUUGUGCAAACGGAAGUCUGGGACCCACUCAGCUAAAGAUCAGCCCGAGUUGGAUCCGCCCAGUUGGAAAAGAAAAGGCUGAGCUAUGGAAUAGGCCAGGCCCGCGAACUCUAGAUAAGAUGCAGAGAUACCAGGUUGAAGAAUCUUUACUUGAAAGAAUGCCUUGGCACACUUAUCGAAGCGAUGGGAACCUUCUAGGGCAGGAGCACAUAUUAGUUAUACGCCGUCUUUUCCUUGCUGCUGUCUGUUGUCCUUGUCUUAUCUUUGUGCUGUGUUGCAAAGAAGAAGUCAUCACAUGUCUCUGUAACACACUCAGUUUCUGGUCCAAAGACCCUUGUUGGCAAGACUCCUCCGAUCCAAUAGCCAACGGUCCGAUCGAUUUGACUUUCUUUUUUGAUCGAGAGCUUAUCAAGCAAAGGUAUGUUGAUGAUCCAGACUCUGAUGAACCAAUCAUCGUCAACAGUAAGAUGGAGCCCACUGUCUUUACUAUUACUCCAUUUGUGCACGAGAUGCUGACUAACACUACAGCGUGUACUCCGCAGAUGGCAGCUCCCUACAUUCUCUGUGGUUACAACAGAGGAAGCGUGGUCGCCAACCUUUCAGCAAGUUUGGAACCUGGUCUUAUCUUUGGGAUAGAAGGAGCCUCGCAUCUAUCAGCUAGGAGGCUGUAUGUGCCAGAUCAAGCCGCUGAGGCAUUUCGUGGUGGUAAUAAGAUUAAGGUUGCUAAGAGGGGUAGUGCUCAGGCUGAGGCAGAGUCUCCUAAGUCUCGUAAGGUAAACUGGUUCUAUUGGGUGAAGCACACUACCAUGUAGAAGGAAGUGAACGGCUACUCUCCUAAGUCUGUGCUUGGAGGUGCUGCUCCACUAUAUAAUCUGUAUUGGUUGUUAGCUCUUGUUAGUGCUAUUGAAAAAAGCUCCUGAGAUAUAUAGUUAACAGCACAGGCUGUGGUUGUCGAGUCUGCUUCUCUAAUUCUUUUAUUUGUCUGGAAUAAACAAAUAAAGUAAGU